CUAACUGCAUGCUUUACCGUUUCAGAACAGCUCGACCGAAUCCGCACAUGUGCAGACAGUGUGUUCUGCAGCCUUCCUUCGCCAUUGUGUGUGUGUAUGUGCUCUGUGUCGGUCGGCGGAAGCUUGAAUGGUGACUGUGUUUGCUGAAACGACGAGCUGCGGCAGCACAGGAUGAGGAAAUGAAGUGGAGCAAGAGCGUGACUUCACCUCACCCCCUUUAUUGCCUUGCAAAUCUGCCUGUGUCGAAAACACACAGCCCUUUGCCCGGACAUAUCAGCAGAGCGCCGGCCUGGAUCUUCUCCAGACAGCUGAUGGCAGAAGUGAACCCUCAGCCGGCCGCCACGGCCUCCUCUGGCACGUUUGACCAGGUGCAGAGUCAGGUCAAUGAAGUUAAAGUUAUACUGAAGGACAACAUCAACAAGGUCCUGGAGAGGGGCGACAAAAUAGACGACCUCAUCGGGAAGACGGACGACCUCCAAGCAUCUGCCGACUCCUUCCAGAGAACGUCGACGCGGGUCGCCCGGAAGUACUGGUGGAAGAAUAUUAAAAUGAUGAUCAUAAUCGGUGUGAUUGUGCUGAUCGUCGUGAUACUCAUAAUUCUUGCUGCCACUGGUGUCAUUUAACCUUUGACCCUGACCCCCCCCCCCCUGAAGCGGAGGAGAUCACCACCACACAACUAAUUUGCACACAUAAAACGUUGUUUUAUAUCUCACAGAUGCGUAUGUAAAUUUAAAUUUAAACAGCGCAUGACAAUCCAUUAAGGUCUCUAUGAUGAUGUAAAGUUGGGGGAAAAAAAAAAAAGAGAUUAAAUAUAAUAAUUAAGUUUUCUGGCAUGAAACCAUGACACUCCAGAUGAACGCAAAACCAAUUUGAUUCAUGUUCUUCAACAAACACAGACGAGAGCUUUUGUUUGGUUGUUGUUUUUUUUUCUUCUUUUUAUUAUUAUUUUGAUCAUUUUAAUGUCCCAUACAUCACGUGUAUAUAAUGAACGUUUAUGGAUGUCAAACUCUGUAAGAAUAUUUGUAUUAUAUGACUGAUGAACACCAUAAAGUAGGUAAAACUGUGAUCUCGUCUCUUUGCUGCCGUCUCUACAAGCGUUGGUCGGGACGACGUGAAGCAGCGAGAACUUCAAACACAAACCAAGAAAGAACAAGGACGUGAGAAAACCCUGAAGCGAUCUAAACGAACGCAAAAACAAAACAAAACAAAAAAAAAACAAAACAAAAAGGACACUGAAAUACUUGGGUAAAUACAGGAAAAAUGUACGGUGGGUUCAAAGCAGUCUUCGUUUUGCUUUCAUAAACUAGCCAUGUCUUUAGCUGGAUCGUCUCUGUGGCCGACACUUUCGCCGCCGAAGCCUGCGGGAAACAAACAGGAACAAGUCAGAGUGGAUGAGCGACAAGUCUUCAGCUACUAAAGAAAGACAGGAAUCCCCUGUUUUUAAUCGGCCUACGUGAUAAAAGCAAUUAUUUUUAACAGAUUUACAGCUUUAAAAUGUGUAUAAAUUAAACUAGGGAUCCUGACGAAGAAGUCAAAAUACUAAAUGGG